ACAGAGUUAUCAAUCAAGUAUAUUCGAUGAAUCUGUCUCUCGUUCGCCCUCUAUCCAUGAAGAUUCUACCCCGCCUCUCGAAGAUGUGUUAUCCAAACCAGACUCUCCGAUGAUCCUAUUUGAAGAAUCACGUGUUCCAACCCCUGUGAAUAUACCUGAAGAUGUGAUCAUCACUGAUGUGAACCGCGAUAUGGAUAACUUGGUGAUCCCUAGCUCUCAUCUAUCUCUUAAACGUCAUCACUGCGAAUCACAACAUAAUGAUGUGAUCCUGAAUAAGGAUGAUAUUGUCUUACCACUUCAUCAGACCAAGUCUUCUGAGAACCUUUUGAUUCCCAACCCUAUAUCUACAUAGUUCAUCUUUCUAGUCAUCUUUGUAAUUGACUAAAUACAUUGAUUUUUUUAUUUUGUCUUCGUUGUUUACUUGACUGAUUAUUGUAUUCAUAUAUAGUACUACGUGAAAUGCAACCAUAGUAAC